GUCGGCAUCCGCGCGGAACGACUCUCCGCAUGCGCGAACGGAGCCCUCGAUGCUCUCGCGGCCGUGUGCGGCAGCUUUCGAGCAUCGCUGGCGUCGGGGACGAGGCUUCCGGUGCACGGUCAUCGCGGGCCGCGGGCCGCCACAGCGACAACGCAGGCGUGCCCGAAGCACCCGUCUGCGCCGCCGGCCGCCCAGCAGCGUUGAAUCCAGCUGGGAGGCUGUCUAGAACGAAGGUUGCUCGCCGGCGGCUAGAGCCCGCGCAAGAACAAGGAGGCUGGCGGCGGCGCUGUGGGACGGCGGCCGAUGCUUGUCAAUGCGGUACCGCGGUGGACCUA